UAUGACGUAAGUAUCCAACAUGUCUGCCUCCAUAGGAAAAUUGAGCCACCAGGUUUGUGUCAUUUCUAGAUGUCGGAGAUUGCAGCCCCUUAUUCGGGCUUCAGCUAAUUCUGUCUGCGAGAAUGGAGAUGGUAAAACAUUCACAAAUCAACAGCUAGAUGUCAGGUUAACACAGAUCCAGGCAAGAUGUUAUUCUCAGCAGUCUCAGAGGAAAGGCUUCAUAUCAGGUUUCAUCGAUAAUAUCAAGCAGGAAAUAAACAAGAACAAAGAAAUGAAGGACAAUAUCAAGAAGUUUAGAGAGGAGGCAGAGAAACUUGAACAGUCAGAUGCCCUCCAGGAAGCAAGGAAGAAAUUUGAAAAUCUGGAGAAGGAGACAGCUAAAGGGUCUGCUGCAUUCAGGCACACGUUUGAUGACAUCAAGGACAAAGUAUCCAAGGGUGUAGAAGAAGCACAGAAGCAGGAGUGGGUCAAGAAGGGAAUGGAUGACCUGUCCAAGACGGCUAAAGGUGCUGCUGAGAGGGUCAGCAAGUCAGGAGAGGAUAUCAGUAAGAGCGCUGCCUUCAAGACCAUCUCAGAGAGCGUAAAGGCAGUGAAGGAGGAGAUAGAUGAGAGCACCACAUCAAGGGCAAGGCCAUACAGGGCCCCAACUCGGUUACGGAAAAGAACGGAAGGUUUAAAUACAGAAGAGGGAGAGGCAAAGACCUUCGAAGCCAAUGAAGAUGCAACUGGAGUGGUAUUACACAAGGAUUCUAAGUGGUAUCAGCAAUGGAAGAACUUCAGUGAAAACAACCAAGUUUUUAACAAGAUGUUUGACCUCAAGAUGCGUUACGAUGAGAGUGAUAAUAUCAUGGUGCGUGCUUCCAAAGCAGUCACAGAUAGAGUGAGCCAGCUACUAGGAGGAGUAUUCUCACCGACCGAGUUGUCCGGAGUCCUGACAGAGAUCAUCAAAAUAGACCCUACCUUUACCAAGGAAGGAUUUCUUAAGAUGUGUGAGCUUGAAAUUAUACCAAAUAUUCUAGAGGCUAUGAUUAGAGGAGAUCUAGAAAUCAUUAAAGACUGGUGUUAUGAAGCUCCAUACAACCAGCUUGCCACACCCAUCAAACAAGCCACCCAAAUGGGAUAUAAGUUUGACUCCAAAGUAUUAGACGUAGACAUGGUUGAGUUGUCUAUGGGUAAGAUGAUGGAUCAAGGCCCGGUUCUAGUGAUCACCUUUGUCGCUCAGCAGAUCAUGGCUGUUAGGAAUGCAAAGGGUGUCGUGGUCGAAGGAGACUUGGAGAAGGUGAUGCGUGUGACGUACGUCUGGGUUCUAUGUCGGGAUCAGGAGGUCCUAGAUCCUACGUCAGCAUGGCGCCUCCUGGACAUGUCAGCUCAUUCUGCAGAACAAUGGGUCUAACUCUAAGCUCAGUCCCACCUAGAGAGGAUUUUGUCUGUACCUCAAGCAGUAACAACCUUCUGCAGUUGUGCAGGAGAAUGGGUCUAUGCUCAGUCCCACUCAAUGCCAAUUUUGUCUGUACCUCAGAGAGCUACAGCCUCCCCCAACGGAGCUUGGUCUAUCAUGAUGCACUGAAGGAGUUGGCUUAAAGUAGUCCCCCGAAGAAAAUUCAUGACAACUGAUAAUGACUGACAAAUUAUAUAUGGAUAGAAAGAUUUUAUCUUGAAAAACACAAAUAAUUUGCUGAAAAAUCAUAUAGAUGUCAUGGAAAGGCGUAAAAUGCAAUGUUGUGGCUAGCUGUGUCUCGCAUGUGACGUCACAAACCUUGACGCUCUACGGAGGACGGCUGAAGGCAGAAAAUCUGGAUCUCAAAGUUAACAUUUUUGAGAGAUGAUUACUGCGAGCCCAAAACAUAUUUUGAAGAGGGAAGUUGUUAUAUUUGAUUAGUGAGGCUUCCCCUUUGCAAUGAUAUGAAUUUUGUAUCAAUUCAAAACACUUUUAAUUCUUUGGGUGACUACUUUAAUAACCUCAUUCAAAAUUCUCUUCAUGAGACCUGUCAGUGCAACGAUGAAUAUUGUAUGAUUUUUUAUGGUGCCAGCUGCAACAGAAGAGGGUGUAUUGCAAGCCAUCUGUGAAAGGAAUUCAUAUUGCCUUUUGUAUGACCAUGAUCAAGAUGGGCUUGUUGGACUUGUUCUCUCAAAGCUUAUAAUGUUAAUUAUGAUGGGCUUCAAGUAAACCUGCCCUUGCUUAUGAAAAAUAUUUAUUACCAAGGAAUUAAAGCUCUUCCCGAGACUAAUAAAUCGGGACAGGGUUUAAAAUUGGUAGGAGUCCUUUUGCUUUUACUUUGUUUUACGUACUUCAUCAUUUUAAAUCACAAGAUCCAUCCAUAAUUCAUUAAAUUCUAAGGCCAGUAUUCUACUAAAAUUUAACCUAACUGCGUUUAGGCUUCUUUUCAAAAUCAUUUUGUUGGACUGGCCCUUAAACCCGGGUCAGGUUUAACUGAAUGAAUAGAAUACGCUUGUAUGUCUUGAAUUUAAGAUAAGCUAUGCAAGUUUUCAAAUGCAUGUAUUCUUGUCUAAAUUAUACCCCUUUUCAAUGUGUGGGUAAAUUGAGUUAAGGAUUGACUUACAUGUAGCUUCAUCAUUAGCUUUUAUUUCUAAAAUGAGGAUAUAGGAUCCACUUGUAAUCCAUUUUAGUUUCUUUUCUUGCAUUUUAAUCCUUGUUGUAUUCAUAAAUAAUAAAUCUACUCCAAAUUCUGUGCAGAAAGUAUAAUGGUCAAAUAUUCCUGGACAUUGCUCAAUGCUAUUCAGUCAACAAUCUUGAAAUAUAAGAUUAUUUGUAAUAAUUAGAUGGAUGGAAUGCUAUUGUCAGGGAUUCAAAAUGGAGAAAGUCCACAAAUUUAACUUCAUAUUUUGUACUUGAUCUAAAAUGUUACAAUAAGUCAUAUAUGCUUUUUUAAACAAUGGACCUGCUUUUCACCUCUGAUUUGGAGGAUAUUGAGAGGAAAUAUUUAAGAUACUAUUAUGACAUUGUUGCAUAAUUAAAGAAUAUAUUGUAAAUUGAA